AUGCCAGACCAGACCGAGGAAGUUAAACCAACGACCGAAAAGGAGCAGGCUGGGCCCAAAGUGAGAUUUGUAACUGCACGGCCUGCCUCGACGCAGGCGAGACGUGAGGCUAAAGCAUUAAUUCGGGCCCAUGCUUCACGGGCCUCGUGGGCCAAGAUCAAGCAGGGCAAACAGUUGAAGCAAGAGACCAGUUCUCGGAUUGGGUCAAGUCAGGCUCCGGACGAGCAGCAAACCCGUCUCGUCAAUACCGAGCUAGUAUCGCGUUCAAAUGACGAGCAGGACAAUGACGCUAGCAUAGGGGGGGCUGGUCCGUCAGGCUCUCGACAAAUUGUGCCAUCAAGAGUCGCGACGCAGACUAUUUUUGACUCGUGCCCGAUCCCUAGCCCUCUCCAUACCGUCGGGGUGGGGGACUUUGAUCCUUUUGCAAGCUAUCCAUCGCGGCUGCCAAAGGAAAUAGCUACCCAGCUCAUUGGCCAAGUCAACCAUUUCCUCAAUAUCAUAUUUUUGCCGGAUCCAGACCGGCCGGAAGAGAGCGUCGCACGCCAUUGGAUAUCUUGGUACAUGAGUGACAGCACCUUGUUCCACGCCCUUUGCUUCGGCCAAUUAGCGAGGCUGUCGGCCACCGAACCUUCUGGCUUGAAACCAGUCAGUCGGAAGGCACACUGGUACUGCUACUCAGAGGUGGUUCGAGAGGUGAAUAGACGAUUCAAUAACGCCUCAACUCGAUGUUCCGACGAGAGUAUUCUUGCCGUGCAGGCAUUGGCAUUUCAUGGCGAUAAGGCGGAGGACGACAGAGAGCCACCUCGGUCGCCCUCGCAGGGUCCACUGAAUGCUAUGCAGGGCCUGGAUAUAUACGCAGGCCGACUAGAUCCCGUGAACAUACACGUCCUUGGGUUGGCGAGAAUGCUGUCGAUGCGGGGAGGUAUUGACGAGAUAAAGGUCCCCGGUCUGGCGGCCAUGCUGAGCUAUGGGGAUCUGAUCCUAGCAUCCCGAUCGCUGCAGAAACCAACCUUACUCUUUGUGCCAAUCGGUGAGUCUCCGGAACACACCCUAACCACUGUUAAAAGGACAGGACAUCCUCUGGGUCAGCUCGGCUCAGGAUUUCAAACCCUUCACGAUCUCCUUCCGUCGGAUUUCGCCCAAGAGCUCUACUUCGUUCUCCUGCAUCUUUCGACGUAUUUGCUGGCAGUCGACGACUAUAUCAUGGGUAGACCGCAAGCUCAAAGCCUGGGGAUCCUGGCCGACCAAAGGAACUUUGUCCAACAUAGCUUAAUGUCAAUGUUCUCGAGUCCGGGAGACAGCACAUCCCAGCAUCAAAUGUACUCACUUCAACAGGCAACAUGGGGCGCAGGCGUCGUGUAUAGCCUCGUCGCCGUGUUCCCAGUCCCUCAUGCGCGGGCGCCCUUUGCAAAGCUCGCCGCAUGGAUCAAGGAGCACCUGGUUUCCACUUCGAGCAGCCACAACGGUAAGAAAUGGCAGAAGGGCGCACCGCUGAUGCUGUGGAUCACAUUCAUGGGGGCGCUCGCCUCCACGGCCGACGAAGCGAGCGAGGCAGAGAAGACAUGGUACAUUUCAGUUCUCGAGCGGCUCGUGCACAGGAUGCAGAUAUUGAGCUGGCAGAGUCUGAAGGAUCAACUGCUCCAUUUCCUGUGGUUUCCCAGCACGAGUGACAUCGACGGCCAGCAGUUGUGGAGGGAGAUACAUACUUCGAAUCCUUUCAAAUAG